AUGCACGGCACCGCCUCGCAUUCGUCGUCGCCUGGAGGCGCAGAGCCGAACCACACUUAUACCUACACAGCCAGAAGCGCUCGGCCAAGAUCCAGACCACGCACCCAUCAGCAACACGGUCUCGGGCAGCACUCGGACGAAGACACGACAACGAUUCAAAUGGACGACGAGUACGAGCUGGAGCAUCGGCAUGGCUCGGCAAGCAGGCGGCAUGACGGAUACGAGGAGGACGAGGUCGAGGACGCGGAGGACGCACUCAUGCUAGGACCUGCUUCCGCAUCAAAUGCAAACGGCGACGAAGAGGCGUACGAGCUGGGGCGGAGCAAGUCCAAAAGCCGCGCUGGUCGGCGGCAUGCUGCGACAGGGUCGAUCUCGGAAAAGUACGAUCCGGACGAUCCUAUGCACAUCGUCAGCAAGGCGGUGCCCGAGCAUGAUGAUCCGACGCUGCCCGCGUUGACGUGGAGAGCGCUGCUCGUCGGCUCAUUCUUCUGCGUCAUCGGUGCGGCGAUAGCCCAGCUCUUUUUCUACAAGUCCAACUCGCCCUCAUUCAGCAGCUACUUUGUCAUCUUGAUAUCGCUGCCAAUGGGGAGGUGGUUGGCACGACGGUUGCCGGAACGUACGAUCAAAGUGGGAAAAUGGAAGGUGGAGCUCAACCCAGGACCUUUCAGCAUCAAGGAGCACAUGCUGAUUGCCAUCAUCGCUUCGUCCGGUGCGACUUCGGCGUAUGCGAGCGACAUCAUCAACAUUCAAGAACUUUUCUACCACCAACACAUGAACUGGCUCUCUUCGCUCACGCUGCUCAUCACGACGCAGGUGCUCGGGUUCGGAUUCGCUGGCAUGGUGACCAACCUCCUGGUCAAGCCCACGUCGAUGAUCUGGCCGAGCACACUUGUGACUUCAUCGCUCUUUCACACGCUACACGACAAAGAAGCACCCAACAAUCGCGCCCGCCUGCGUCUCUUCGCAUUCGCAUUCAUCGCCAUCUACGUCUACCAGUUCCUUCCAGCACUGCUCGCACCAACGCUGUCGAGCGUAGCCAUGCUCUGUCUAGUCGACAACAAGAUUCCUGCCUUCCGCUCGCUGAGCUCGGGCUAUCACGGUCUGGGCUUCCUCAACCUCACCUUUGAUUGGAACGCGGCGGGCAUGAGCGGGCCCUUCUACCAACCUUGGUGGGCGGCGCUUAACUUCUUUGCCGGCUUCGCGGGGAUGAUGUACAUCGUCAUGCCCAUUCUGUAUUGGGGAUUCAACUUCUGGAACGCUCAGUCGUUCCCCGAAAUCCUCAGCGCGGGACUGUACAAUACGCAGUACAAGAAGUUUGCGGUCGACACGCUGCUCAACCAGGACAACACGUUGAACGCUCAGGCGUGGGAGACGCAGAAGCCUAUGUUGCUGACCCCGUACUUUGCCCUUUCGUACGGACUGGGGUUCGCGACGCUGACGAGCACCGUGACGCACGUCCUUCUAUGGCACUGGAAGGACAUCAAGCGAGCGGCAUCCAACGCCGUCCACGACGACGUGCACAAUCGACUCAUGCGGGCAUACGAGCCGGUCCCGCGCAAGUGGUACGCGACCACCUUCGCGCUCACCACCACCGCCGCUGUGAUGCUGGUCAUCCUCACACCCGCGCUUCAACUUCCCGUCUGGGCGUUGCUCCUCGCCAUCGCCAUGGGUCUCCUCUUCAUCGCACCCCUCGGCAUCCUCCGCGCGGUCUCCGACACCGGAGUAGGCCUCAACAUCAUCUCCGAGUUCGUCAUCGGUUACAUCAUGCCCGGCAACCCCAUUGGGAACAUCCUCUUCAAGACCAUGGCGUACAUGUCGCUCAACCAAGCCCUCGAUCUGGUCGCCGACCUCAAGUUGGGCCACUACCUCAAGAUUCCGCCCAAGCACAUGUUUGUUGCGCAGCUGUGGGGCACGUUGAUCGGGUGCGUGGUGAAUCUCGUUGUGGUCAACAUCGUGCUUGACCCUGCGUCGGGGUAUAGGGCGUUUUUGGAUGGGACGGUGGAAGAUCCGUCGGGGCAGUGGGACGGGAGGAAGGUGCACAUCUUCUUCUCGGCCUCGGUCAUCUGGGGCUUGGUCGGACCGAAAGAGUUCUUCGCCGGCAGCUAUCGCAAGCUCUAUUGGGGCUUCCUACUUGGCGCGCUCCUCCCCCUCGGACCCUACUUCCUUCACCGCAAGUACAAGACCAAAUGGCUACCCAAGGUGGCUUUCCCGAUCAUCCUGCAUUCGGCAGCCCUCCCACCUGCAGUGCCGACCAACGUCAUCAUGACCGGCUUCUUCUUCUCCUGGCUCUCGCAGAAACAUCUGCGGGAGCAUCACCCGGUCUGGUUCGAAAAGUUCAACUACGUGCUGUCGGCUGCGCUGGACGCGGGCGCCAGUGUCAAUGCGCUGACCAUCUUUGUGUUGACGUUGAGCCUGCUCAAGUAUGCGCCUGUGCCGCAUUGGGCGGCGAACCCGCUGCAGGAUGCGGAACAUUGUCGGCCGGGUUCAUAG